AUGGCGUCAUCACAAACUGCUGCCAAGAAGGACGACAAGUCCGCCGCCGACACGAAGCAAGAGCAGACUGUUGUUGAGCAGAAGCCGGCAGUGCUGGAGGAGGACGACGAGUUUGAGGACUUCCCUGUCGAUGACUGGCCGGCGGAGGAGACAGAAGCUGCCAAUGGCGGCGGGGCGACACAGCACUUGUGGGAGGAGUCGUGGGACGACGAUGAUACUACUGACGAUUUCUCAACACAACUCAAGGAGGAGUUGAAGAAGGUCGAAGCGGCAAGAAAGCGGUAA